CGUUCUUACAGGGCGUUAUCCUCUGAUCGCCACCGCAUCCAUUUGAACUUAGUAAUAGCUCUACUGCUGGCGCAGAUCUUAUUUCUCACAGGAAUUAAAGCAACUGAACACGAGACGCUGUGUAAAGUCAUUGCGGGCGUACUUCAUUAUCUCUACAUGGUGUCAUUCACAUGGAUGUUGAUCGAAGGUGUUCACCUUUACCUUAAAGUUGUCAAAGUAUUUGGCAUUGAAAACAUCAAAAUCAGACAGUACUAUAUCAUAGGAUGGGGCUUACCAGCGCUGAUUGUUGGAGUUGCUGCCAUUAUCAAACCAUACGGAUAUGGCACCAAUCACGUAUGCUGGCUUUCUCUUGACGAUGGUUUCGUUUGGGCGUUCCUUGGUCCAGUUAUUGCUAUAAUAGCUAUAAACAUCUUUAUUCUGGCGGCUGUCAUUAAAACUGUUGUAGCGUCAGCUUCGACAAUGAAGAGUUCAGACCAUUCGCACAUUAUAGCUGGGAUAAAAGGAGCUUUGGUUCUUAUGCCAUUGAUGGGUACCACGUGGGUGUUUGGUCUCCUGGCCGUCAACAGAGACACGUUGAUAUUCCAAUACAUAUUCAGUAUCGCAAACUCUUUACAGGGUUUGCUAAUCUUCCUUUUGCAUGUUGUGUUUAACAACGAGGUCCGCCUCGCCUUCAGAAGACACUAUGAAAAGAAGCAAUUGUCGAAAGAGUCUGGAGAUUAUAACAAUUCAAUGAGCCACAGUAACGAGAGUGAUAAUAAAUUAAAGACAUUGGGAAAAUCAUCGUCUAACAGCAGCAUGUCAGGACUUGUAAGACUUAAAGCUCGAUUAUCAAUGAGUUUAAUGCCAAGGACUUCGCGUGUUGUCACUGUUCAGCCAAUCAAUAGCAUCGAUAAAGACGAUGGCCUGCAGGUAAACAGGAAAUUUCACCAGAAGUCCCCAUCCAGUGAGGUGUCUGGUUUGAACUCUCCAUCGGAGUUGGAUUCAUAUUCCAAGCCACCGUUGCACAAUCCACUGAGGAAAGGGAAAAAUGCAGGCUCACGACUUUAGCAUAACACACAAUACUCUUAAUGUCAAUUCUCUGAUUACGUCUCCAGGGGGAGGGGGUAAUGCAGAAAAAAAUAGCAAUUAGUCGUUAGGAAUGGAGGGGGGAGGGAUGGCGGGUUGUGUCUCAACUCUUUUCUUUUUCUCGACCUUCUCCCUGGAGAUCUCCAUGUGUAAUAUAAGGCGGAGGGGUGGAUUCCCCGCCCAUACCACAGAAACACAGUAAAGUGGUCCCUCUCCAGUUAUAGGCGUUUAUAUAUUAUAUCUUAAGGGUGUACUUACAUACACUUAUAUACAUUCAUGUAGCGCGCAGCGUUUUAUAGCGAGCACCUAGAUGGAUUAUACUCUAGUAAAUGUCAACUAAAUUGUUGAUGAUAGAAUUAUAGACCAGUAACGAAAAGAAUUAAUCCAUUCUGCUCAUAAGACUGUAAUCACCUCUCAUUACCAGAAGAAAGACAAACAAAACACAUCUGAUAAACGAAGUGUUCCGUAAUGCAGUAUUUCUUUUUAUAACCGUUAAUGUUCUCUGUUCAGUUGAUUUGCGAAGUACUAGAAAGACCUAGAAAGACGCAGGGUUGAUGUAGCGUAUAGAAAAACGAAUCUUAGAGACUGUUCCAGCUCAGUCCAUCUCACGCCUUAAUUACGUGUGGCAUAAUUGUAACAUGUUCAAUAUCGACACGCGCGCGUCGCUUGUGUCAAGUGAGGUACGUCGUUUUAAUAUCAGACUAAAUAAUAGAAGAAAAACACAGUGUAAGAUUUUGCAGAAACCUUGUAUUUUGUUGUUAGAAAGAAGAAUUCUUAUUUAAUUUAGGCUACAUGCACAGUAGAAAUGUUUUGCUAUUGACAUCAAGAACAUUUUAAAUAACUUGAAUUCAUACAAUUGUMGAGAUGUGAAAACCUACCAAUAAAGAAUCAAACCUUUUGUUUA